UUUGUCCAGCAGUGCAAAGUUCGGGGCUGUCAAACAAAAUUGAACUUUAAUGGUUCUAGACCGCUAGAACCCACUUCAAAAUCAUCUUAAAAAAAAAAAAACAUCAAAAUGACUUCCCCCGCGACCACCGUGGAGCGGUGCAUAUUCUGCAAGAUCGCGACUGGCGCGGACCCGUCCGCCACGAUAAUGUUCCAGAACGAGCGCAUCUGCAUCUUCAAAGACAUCCGCCCGGCGGCCGAUCACCACCUGUUGGCCGUGCCGAAGCACCACGUCGCGAGCGUACGGGCGCUCACCACGGCCGACCGACCGUUGCUGGAGGAAAUGCGUGCCGAGCUGGAGAACGUGAUGCGCGACCAGUGCCAAAUCGAUCCGGUGACGAUGGCCGUGUUCGGGUUUCACGUUCCACCGUUUGUCACGGUUAAGCACCUGCACAUGCACGGGAUCGCGCCGACCGGAAACAUGGGAUUCAUUUCGAAGAUGAUCUUCAAGCCAAACACAAUGUGGUUUAAUACGGACGCGGCCGUAAUCGACAAGCUUCCCCCGGGUCCAGCAGCGGAGGACGGUGCUUCAAAGUGAUGUUACGACUGUUUUCUGACGAGGCUCAAACAAUAUUGUGUAGCUUAUUACAAACCCUUCCUAAAUAUAAUGAUUUAGACACACUCUUCCAAAA